CCGAGGCGAUUAAGACGUCAUCCGACCGUUCUGGGGAACCGGAAUCGAAUCCUAGGAAUUUUUCAUGGGUAAUUUAUCCCGGAAAUGUUGGACCUCGUCCCUCAUCAUCCGCUGGCUUCAUUAUGGGUCAGGUUUAACCCACGAUGGGUAUGGGAAAAAUGUUCUUUUGGUGUCAACAAGACGUAAAGAGCCGGGAUUGAAAAAAUAAAUUGGAUGAUAAAUAAAACUUGAACACAAAUAGUACUAUUGAUUAGAGCCACGAUCUAGUCAAUAGUAUUAUAUGUGUGUUAAGUUUGUCGUAAAGAUUAAAAUAAAAACAUAAAAAUUAUUUAGGAAAACAAAAUUCGAAUUUUUAAGAAAGAACAUUUCAAAAUUUGAUUAGAAUUUCGUUCUUAUAUACAUUCACGUAAAACGUUAAAAAUUAUGAAUAAAAUCAGAAUUGUUAUUUAUACUUGCAGCAUUAUAAUAGCCUUAUUAGGUUGUUUAAGUUUAAUUAUAUGCGAUUCGUCAUGUACACCAAUUGUAUAUUUUUGGAAGUCAGAAAUAUCGCAAGAUGAAAUACAUGAUGUGAAAAAGAAUAGCGAAGGUGAAUUCUGUAUACCUAACUUGCAGUUUUGGGAAAAUUAUGAAGUGGAAUCUAAUUUGCAAAAGGAAGUGGAAGAGAAAAAGAGCAUUACAUUUAAUUUUAUCCUCAAAAGUAUUGCUCAGAAUUUUCUUCUGUUUAUUGGAUCGAUCCUUCAGCAUUUUCUUUCAGCCUGGAUAUGGUGUUGUGUUAAUGAUCCACUUAUAGCCUGGUUUGUCUUUAUUGCAGCUAUCGUUUCAUAUCUGCGAACGUUUUCCAAGAGAGAAAGAAACUCAAAGGAGGAAGAUUUUAAAAUUAUUAAUUCAGAUUUUAUUACGCCAUCCACGGAAGAGAUUUUAAAAUCUAGUGAUGCAUAUCAACAAAUUCGUUUAUUAAGUACAUAUUUAAAGAAAUGCGAAAGGGUAUUUUCAGAAAAUAUAAACGAGCUGACAAGUAGAUUUGACGAAAUUGCUGAAAUUAGCAACAACGAUAUUCAAAAACAACUAGAAAUUCUAGAAAAUAAAAUAUUUAAAAACGAAAAUAUGUUGGAUAAACUUGAAAACGACUUAAGAAUUGAAACUGAGUGCAGGAAUAUUCUCAUUCAAACAAUAAUACAUGCCAUCACNUUACAAGAAACAGAUUCUAUUGGAGGGCUUUAA